ACGUCUACAGACUCCAGCCGUUGACAGACAGGUCAUAUGCAGCAUCCUGAAGGCUCUUGCAUUCAGCCUGCAGGCUUGGACCGCUGGAGAACUCUGCGGACGAAGGCCAGCGCUCCACCCAGGUGACCUUCGCCAUCAUGGAGACGAAUCUGACACGAGGAGCAAAAACAGGGGUUUGGUUGAAUGUAGGCCUGAGAUGUUAAGAGGGAAGACUUGUUCUUCAUUUCCUCUAUGACCUUGUGAUCGAUUGGAAGCUCAGGAUUCCUUUUCCUCGGACCAGGAAAAAUUAACCAAAUAACCAUUUUCUUUUCCAACUCGGUUUUUAUUUUAAAGACACCUGGAAAACGACAUUGACGAAAAGAGCCAACAGCUCAAAAUUAUUUUCUCCGAUGGAUGACAAAGUGCACUGCUGUGUCAACUGUUAAAUCUUUCUUUGAUUUAUCUCUCUGUCCUUCUUAAGACACUGAACUGAUGCGAUUAAAAGCGUCUGAGUUUUUCUGCUGCUGCGAUGCGGAGGAAACAGGUUUGGUAACGACAGUGUCACGGACGUCGUUUCUCACAGUCUUAAAUUAAGAAGUUCAUAGUUUGCACAAAACCACAAGUAACUUCUGUCUUUUAGAUCUUAUCUGCCGCCAGCUGGCUCAGCAUUCAUGUUAAUUGAGUAGUGUAAAGAGGAAGGAAGUUGGAUGUAUUAACCAGCUUGACUUCUCUCUUUGGUCUCCACUUUCACGCUCUUCUGUGAUCUGUGACGUGAGUUAUGCACAUUAUUUGUCUGCAGACUCAUUUUUAUUGUGUUUGACGGUGAUUGCAGCAGCUACUAUGAGUGUAACAGCAGCAGCGAGUGGAUUUGUUGUCCUUCUUCUUACUGUGCCAGUGGUGCUGAGUCAGAGUGGAUGGAGUGUGACUUACGAUGCUCUUGAGUCUAAGAUCUGUGCCCCCAGAGGAUCAACAGUGACCAUUCACUGCAACUACGCAUACCCACUCAGACACACCCCGAAUAGGGCAGUGUCGGAAUCAUUCUGGUUUAUAAAAGACAGUAUUGGGGUUUAUGCGGAUCUGAGAACAGACCCGCAGUACUCAGGUCGCGUGCUGUAUGACUGUGAAAAAGAAGAGAAAAAGUGCACCCUGAUCAUCAGUGACGUGAGACAGAGCGACUCCGCUGAGUACAAGUUCAGGUUCACAACAAACCAACCUGCAGACUCUUGGACUGGUUCACCUGGAGUCACGUUGUCUGUUGCAGAUUUUCAGGUACAGGUGAGAAGUUCAAACCAGUAUUCAUCUCACAAAGAGCUCAUGUGUCAGAGCAGUUGUCCUCUCCCUCAUACUCUGACCUACGUCUGGUACAACAAUCAGCGGGAGAUUCAGAGAGGACCUUCUCCGUCUUAUUCAAGUAGAUUUUAUUAUGGAUAUAUAGUUUCCUGUGCCGUUAAAGACAACGAGAGGUCACGCUCCCCGCCAAUGUUGGUGCAGAGUCAGAAUGGAUGGGGUGUGAGUUACGCUUCGACUGAGAUCUGUGCCUUCAGAGGAUCAACAGUGGAUAUUAACUGCACCUACACAUACCCAGGAAAACUGAAUAACAAGGCGAGAUCAUUCUGGUUUGUUAAAGACCCUAAUGUGGAUCUGACAACAGAUCCGAAGUAUUCAGGUCGUGUGGAGUACACCUGUGAAGACAAGUGCUGUCUGAGAAUCAGUGACCUGAGACAGAGCGACUCAGCUGAGUACAAGUUCAGGUUCAUGACAAACCAACAUGGAGGGACGUGGACUGGUUCACCUGGAGUCACAUUGUCUGUCAAAGACCCUCAGCUCCAGGUACACGUGAGGAGAUCAAUGAAGAUUCAGAUUUCUAACUGGACAGAGCUGACAUGUCACAGCAGCUGUCAGCUUCCUCAUCAUCUUUCCUACGUCUGGUACAACAAACACAACCAAGUUAAAGGGGGAAAAAAAUAUUUUCUCCUUGAACACGUUGAAGCUGCAGACAGUUAUUACUGUGCUAUAAAAGGACAUGAGCAUAUCCGUUCUGCUUCUGUGUGUGCUCCAGAGGUUCCCGUUGUCUCGAGUCCCAGUGGUGAAAUCAUGGAGGGCAGCUCAGUGACUCUGACCUGCAGCAGUGAUGCUCAACCAGCAGCCAAUUACACCUGGUACAAGAAAAAUGAAAGGGAAGAAUUUCAACUUCUCCUUGAAGGGACUCGGUUUGUUUUCAGCUCCAUCCAGUCGUCAGACUCUGGAGUGUAUCACUGCACAGCUGAGAAUGAGCUGGGAAGGAAUUCAACAGACAUUAUAAUUGCUGUGAAAUAUGCUCCCAGGUCUCCCUCCGUGUCAGUGAGUCCCACUGGUGAGAUAGUGGAGGGCAGCUCAGUGAGUCUGACCUGCAGCAGUGAUGCUAAUCCAGCAGCCAAUUGUACCUGGUACAGGAACCAUACGAGGAUUGGGGAACAGAAAAACAUUUAUCAUUUCACUGCCAUCAGCUCUGGGGACAGAGGGGUUUACCACUGCAAAUGUGAGAAUAAACAUGGACACAACUCGACAUCGAAAUCCAUAGAUGUCCUUUAUGCUCCCAAGCUUCCCUCCGUGUCAGUGAGUCCCAGUGGUGAGAUAGUGGAGGGCAGCUCAGUGAAUCUGACCUGCAGCAGUGAUGCUAAUCCACCAGCUGAUUACACCUGGAACAAGGAGAACAGCGACUCAGCAAAAGCAUCAGAGCAGAUCUUCAUCAUCGCUGACGUCAGAGCUGAACACGGUGGGAAUUAUCUCUGCGCAGCCCAGAACAUACGAGGGCGCCACAAUUCCACCGUAAGAUUGACGGUUAAGGCAGUUUCCCUUGGAGCAUGGAAAUCUGCUGUCAUUCUAAUAACCUCUGGUGUUUUCCUCGGAAUAAUACUUCUCUUCACCUUCUUCCUGAUAAGAAAAAUGAGAACCUCCAAGCAAUCAUCCCAACCCGGAGACCGAUCUGACGACAGUGAGAAGUUUCCGUCCAAUCAGUCGGAGGAACAGCGUGACUUUCACUCUGCCACUGUCCACUUCUUGAAGAACCAGACAGAUCCUAUCUACUCCAACAUCCGACCGGUAGGAGCCAGCGGACACGAGGAGGAUGAUGAUGAUGAUGAUGAAGAGGAGGAGGAUGAGGUUGCGUACGCUACUGUCACCUUUAAAAGUUCUGACCCGAGAGUACAGGACACUGGAGAGGAUCCAGCCACGUUGUACAGUACAGUCACGAAAAACUUCUGAUCUGUAGACCGACGUCUGCAGACUGAAAUAUCUCAACAACUACUGGAUGGAUUUACACAGAAGUUUGUACUAUUCAUGAUGCCGACAGCAUUAAUCCUACAGACUGUGGUGAUACCCCGACUCUAGUGUCACUUUUUAGUGACAUGUCUUUUAGAAUUAUUGGAUUAAUUUCCCCUGAGAAUAAAUCUUACAUACUUUAAAUAUAUCAACAACUCAAACAUAUUUAAACUUGCAGCUACAAACUUGAUAAUUACCUGCUGUAUGUCUCAUAUGACAAACAGCCUGUCAGCUUGUACUUGGCUUUUUUAUUUAUUUUAUUAUUUUAACUUAAGUCCAUUGAUAAAAUUUACUGUUUGAAAGCACAUUUGUACAGAGCCCCUAUAAGUCCCGACAGGUGAUUUUCAUCUUUUGUGCACAAGAUGUUUAUAGAGUGGGAACAAGUUAUUAUCUUCACCUGUCAGGACUUUUGGGGCUCUGAACAUUUGGUGAAAAACAAGCAUUAUGAGACUUAGCUGUAGAGACUCAACUGCUGCCACUAGAUGCUAGUAAUGAGUUGUGUUUUACUGACAGAAAACCACUUCCAGGAGCCUGUCUGUUUAAUUGUGAGCUGUGGUUUUCGAAGCCUCGAGUUUUGAAUUUUUUCCUUGUUUUGUUCUGCAUAUAUGUUUCAUUUUGCUUAAUAGGAGGAAAUACAUAUAUUUUCCUCCCCUGACUCCUGUGGUAGUAAGCAAAACAUAAUUAAAGAAAAGUUACCUAGAA